AUGCCAGAGACUUUACAAAAGAAUUAUCAAUCGUUUCCGUAAGUAGAAGUUAUUUCAAGUGAUUAAUAUCUGCGGAAUCUCCACAAUGCAGCGGAAUCAUAGAGAUUAUACUCUCAUGAGGUAUUUGUAACUGUUUUUCUCUGCUGGCUGAGAGUGUCUGUGGAGAAGCAGUGACGAAGCAGCAUGUGAAGCAAAUCGUUGCCACUUUUUCGGCUCUGUGAAAUGAUUCGAGGUUAAUCUGCUUUUCUUUAAUUUUCUUUUGCAGGAACAUGGACCAAGAAGGACCAGCUGGUGAGACUUAUAUGAUGUGUUUUUAGAAAUGGAGUUGUGUUUUAUGUUUGAUGAUUUGGCACAUCAGAGUGAAUGAUAAAAUCAGGAGUUUAAAGAUCACAGUUGUGCAGAUAUUUAGUCAAAUAUAACAACCUCGACAACAGACUACAGGUGUUUUAUUAGUUUGUUAACCAAAUUACACAGCAAUUUAACUGAAACUGCACAAUAUCACAACACAACAAUGUUUUUUUCUGCCCUCUUUUUACUUUCUGUUCCUGUUUCACGAGUUAAUCUGUAUGUGUCACUUAUCUCAAUAAGAGUCUGUUGAUGUUUAACUUAAUGGUCUGGGUGAUUACAGGGGUGCUUUUUGACAGCAGGAUCCAGGAUCUAAAUUAAAAUCAACUCUAAAUAAAACUCAGAGCUGAUGCAAAGACAUAAAAAAGUCAUAUUUCUUAUUUGUUUGUUUUAAUGGUAAAAUAUCCAGAAAAUGUUGACAGUGUGGUAGUAUUGAGCUGCAUUUUGAAAGACAUUCAAGUCAGUUAGCCCAAAGUUCAGUCAGCAUGAUUUAAAAUGAACUAAUUUACGUUCACUUUUUUAUAGCUGCACAUAUAUGUCCUCUCUCAAAGAUAAGAACUCACCUGCAAGCUACUUUUAGGCACACUUAAUGUUCUGAUCAGUUAUUAUGCAAGAUUAUUCUCUCUAAUGUUGGUUUCAAUGAAACAAAAACUUUCCUUUUGUCUUUAGUGAAGUGGAAAACGUUCUAUCUACACGUGUCAGGGAAACCCAGCGGGGCCCAUCUUCCCAUGGUUAAAGAUUUGAAAAAAUGUGGCCAACGUGAGGUGUUCAUUCCUGAAGACAGCGACUACAUUCUGCUGUUCUGUGUGAUCUCAUCACGAGUUGGAACUGAUGUCGGCGAGGCUCUGGAAAACGUUCCACGUAGGUGACAGGUUUGGUUGAUGUUCAUGGGGCAAACAAGCUGAAUUCAACUCAGGAGUGACCGUCAAAUAAUGGUUAUUUCACCAUCUCUUUAUGCAUCUGUAUCUUUCCUUUGAACUAAAGAGUAAAUUGAAUCAGUUGAUAGAUUUUUGUAACCAGGAUGUUGAAUAUUUUGUGCUUUAAAAUUGUUCUGCAGCCCCCAUGUGAUCAUAUGAGCUACAGAUCAGUAAGAAUCACUCAGCCCCCUGACUUAAAUUUCAUCCUGUACAGACUAAUUUCAGAUGUAAAAUCUCUGUGCUUACAGGUGGCAAAAAAGUGAUACUGGUGGUGAUGCAUCACACCUUUGAUUGUGAUUACAUCACAGCUGAGAGCAGAAGAUUGGUGGAAGACCCAAAUGUCGUACUGGUUGUGGACUGUUUGUUCCAUGAGGGACGACUGCUGCAGUGUGACCGCAAUAACAUUGCAUUGGAUGACAUCAAGAAAUUCCUCGGAGUGAGGGAUACUGUCCAGGUAAUGCUGCAUUCAUUGGCCUAACUAAACCGAACUUAAAAGCACCUAUAUCAUGAAAUUAUGCAGUUUAAUAAAAUUACAUCUGUUUUUUUUUUUUAUUCAUGUCUGUCUUACAGAAACCCACCAUUAUUGACUGUAAGUCUGAGAUCACUUGUAUAUUUCAUGUCAUAGUUUGAGCGAUAUGAAAACAUUUAUGUCUAUCUGAUUCGAAGGUUUUUUUUUGUUCUAAAUGUUUUAAAAAUAACUCAUAAUCCUCCUUUUCUUCAUUGUAGGGCUCUGGAAGAACAGGAAGAUACUCAUCGCUGGAGUCAUUUGCGCUGGAUUCGUGCUGGUUUAUAAAAACUACAAUUAUUUAAGAAACUUUUCAUUGUUUCUUAACGGAGGAAGAAAUGUGAGAGAGGAAGGGUGAGAGAGGGAGAGAGGUGGGGGGAGAGAGAGAGAAAGUGUGAGAGCCUUCCGACCCACAGCUCACUCCUUCGGGUCAUUCCAUGUCAAUUCAACCAAGAAUCUCCACUUACGUCACAUUCAGGUGUCAUUUUAAAGCUCUCUUCAAGUUCUCUCUUUUUGUUCAUAACUUUUUUCCCCAAAUUGGACCAGAAAAAAAUUAUAAAAGACCAAAAAAUUAAAUUGGAAAUAGCAAAAAACGCGCAUCCUUCAAUUUUCUUCAUAUUCACACUAAAGAAAGACUAUCAUUUCCACUAGCAUCCCUGCAAGUUUCAGGAUGGGCAUCCCAUAACUUUUUGAGUAAUAAGUCAAAAUGUGUGGUAUGUUAGGUGGAAAAUCGCCAUAUUUGGCACAUUAUACAGUCCUGACCUCAUCUGGAGUCAGCCCCACUUGCCUGCUUGUGUAAAAUAUUACUUCCUCAUAUUGCAAAGAAUAGAACAGCUUAUUUUUGCUCAGUUUUCCAUCGCAUUUAAUUUCCAUUUGCACCUAUAUCCAGAAUAUAAAUGAUCGUAGCUUCAUGGGAGAAUCAUUUGGACAUACCUGCAUGUCCUGGUACCUAUGGUUGACAAAUAACUUCUACCUAUGCACCCUGAAAUUUUGUUGCAGGUUUCCCUGUGAAGUAUUCCAGGCUAUUUAUCCUGAGCCCUUUCAACAUUUCCUUUAUACUUCAAAAUGGAAUGACAUGGAAUGACCCCUUCUGCAAAGACGCUUAGCCUCCAUGGCUGUGUCUCAAUUCUGGGUCUGCACCCCAUCAUUUAAUAUUUUAUUUUACAUAUUACGCACUAUAACAUUACAAAUAACAACAAAGCACACCAUAUUUACAAAUAUACACUUACAUAUAUACAAAGUAUAUCCAAGGAUAUCUCAAUUAAGUUCAGUUCAUAAAUCAUGUAACUCCUAAGGCUUCACAUAUUUUCACUCUUUUCUUUACCUUUUGAUUCCUAAUUCCUUCCAGUAUCCCACGAUAAUGUCCAAAUUCCAUUUUAAAUUGCUAAAUACAUGGUUUCCUCCCAGUCCAUUUGGAUUUAUGUAUGUGGAAUCUUCCAAAUAAAAUAAAAAGGUUCAACAAAAACAUUUCUCUGCCUUCAAAGCUUUUUUUAACAUACAGAAAAAUGUAUAUUUUUUUAUAUUAUAUUUAUAUUUGUGUGUACAAAAACAAACAUUUCCUCAAUUUCUAUAAAUCUAGCAAGUAUUAUUUUUUUUGACUGGAUAAAUCAAAUGAACAAUACUAAAGGAGACUUCUCUUAUCUUAUUGGUGACAUAAUAUUUUUUUAUUCAUACUCCAUAAUAACUUCCACUUAAUAUUUUGAAUUUUCGCCUCUCAGAUGAAUUUAAAGGACUUUUUUAGUUGUCCGUUAUUGUGGGGCUCGAAGUGAAUAAGAGAAAGCAGUAUCUUCCUUUGUGAGCACUUCCAUUCCCCCCAUCCAUAUACAGUUUGUGUGCAGGUGUGUAGCUCUUUCAUAUACUGCUACAUGGACAUAUUAACACCUGUGAAUGUGAGUUACUCAGCCAGGGUGACUCUUAACAGUAGCAUUGAUAUCAGGAAAGUGUUAUUUGAUGCAUUUGUGUUUUGUGUAAGGGGUUAAAUCCAGAGUGAGAGACCCUGUUUCCCCUCAGUGCUUUCACUUCCUCUUGCCAACACUAGAGGGAGUGUGAAACAACUACGCUUUCCCCGUUAUUUUUCAGAAACAUCACACUUUUAUCGACUGCAGAUGAUCUAUAAAUGGUUGUGGACUGUUUGUUCCAUGAGGGACGACUGCUGCAGUGUGACCGCAAUAACAUUGCAUUGGAUGACAUCAAGAAAUUCCUCGGAGUGAGGGAUACUGUCCAGGUAAUGCUGCAUUCAUUGGCCUAACUAAACCAAACUAACAAGCACUAAUAUCAUGAAAUUUUGCAGUUUAAUAACGUUAAAUCUGUUUUGUUUUUUUUAUUCAAGUCUGUCUUGCAGAGACCCACCAGUACUAACUGUAAGUUUGAGUUCACUCGUAUAUUUCAUUGAGAUAGUUUGAGUGAUUUGUAAACAUUUAUGUCUAUCUGAUUUUAAGUUUUGUAUUUUAGUUCUGAAUGUUUUAAAAAAACUCUUAAUCCUCCUUUUCUUCAUUGCAGGUUUCAGGAACAAUAUGAAGACGGUGCUCAUCUCUGCUGGUUUCAUUUGCGCAGGAGUGGUGGUGGUGGCUGUAAUUAUCUGGGCUGUUGAGGCCAACAAGAUACAUUAA